AUGUUACCACCGAAGGUUGCAAAAAAGAAAAAGAUUCAAAGCACCAGCACUGUAAAACAAUCGACUACAAGUUGUGGAAAGCAGAAGAAAUCUGCAACAUUAGGGACAUAUUUCAUGCCGAGAACAACUCCUGGUGCUCAAAAGUCUAUUCAGAAUUGUUGGCAAAGGAAGGAAGCAGUUGAACGGUGUGAUCUUGCUUUAGCGAAGUGGAUGAUUGAUGCAUGUGUGCCAUUUAAUGCUGUUAAUUCUGUGUAUUAUCAGCAUGCCAUAGAUGCUGUAACAGUCAUGGGUCCUGGUUAUAAAGGACCAAACUUGCAUGCUAUUCGUGGUUAUUACUUGGCAAAAGCGGUUGAUGAAGUCAAGAUUUAUGUUGAGACUUAUCGAGAGAUUUGGAAGAAGACUGGUUGCACAUUAAUGGCUGAUGGAUGGACAGAUCAGAAGAGGAGGACUUUAAUUAACUUCUUAGUAUAUUGCCCUAAAGGAACAGUUUUUUUGAAAACCGUGGAUGUAUCAGAUGUCUCAAAGACUGCUAGAUUGUUGUAUCAGUUGUUUAGAGAGGUUGUUUUGUAUGUUGGGGUAGAAAACAUUGUGCAUAUGGUGACUGAUAAUGCUGCAAAUUAUGUUGCUGCUGGCAAGUUAUUGAUGGAAGAAUUUCCUUCAAUACUUUGGUCUCCUUGUGCUGCUCAUUGCAUCAACCUCAUACUCCAGGACAUUGGUAAAUUGCAGUCGGUUUGUUGUGUUGUUGAGCAUGCUUCUGGUAUCACAAAGUACAUUUAUAAUCAUUGUUAUCCAUUGUAUUUGAUGAGGAAGUUCACUGGAGGAAAAGAAAUACUUCCUCCUGCUCCUACUCGUUUUGCUACCAAUUUCAUUGCAUUGCAAAGCAUUUUAGCUCAUAAAGAUGAGUUGAGAGCUAUGGUGACAUCUAGGAAAUGGGUCUCAUCUGCUUAUGCUAAAGAUAGCAAAGGAAAAAAGUUUGUUGAGAGUGUGCUAGACUCUCUGUUUUGGAAAGAAUGUGCAAUAAUUGUGCGAAUGAGUGAGCCUUUAAUUCGAGUUCUACGAAUGGUUGAUGGUGAUGAUAGGCCUUCGAUGGGAUAUUUGUAUGAUGCUAUUCAUCAUGCAAAAGAAGAAAUGAUGAGGAGAUUUCAAAAGAGAAAGGCUAGAGUGAAACCUUUCAUAGACAUUAUCAGUAAUCGGUGGGAUGGACAAUUUUAUAGACAUCUUUAUGCAGCGGCAUUUUGGUUAAAUCCUCGAUUUCAAUAUGAUGCAAAUAUAAUGGAUAAACAUAUGAGCACCAUUUCUGGACUUCUAGAUGUUCUAGAGAAGUAUGCACAUGGAAAUCUACCAUUGCAAAGUAAGAUUACAAGUGAGAUGAAGUUGUUUAGGAAUGCUGAACAUGACUUUGGUCGAGUGUCCGCAAUAAAUAAUCGCACCCUUAUGCCUCCAGAUGAAUGGUGGAUGACAUAUGGAACCAGCGCUCUAAAUCUACAACAGUUGGCUAUACGAGUGUUAAGUCAAACUUGUAGUUCUUUGGGAUGUGAGAGAAAUUGGAGUAUGUUUGAACAUAUUCAUUCCAAGAAGAGAAAUAGAUUGGAGCACCAAAGGCUUAAUGACCUUGUUUACGUCCACUGCAAUCUAAGAUUGAAACAAAAGAAUUAUUGGAAAGGACGAAAUUAUGAUCCAAUUAAUGUUGAGACAAUUUGUGACAUUGAAAAUUGGGUAGUAGAAGAUGACCCGUCAAUCUUGACAGCUGAAGAAGCAGAGAGUUUUCACCAAGCUCUAUCAACUAUGACCAUACAAGAUACUUUAGAUGAUGAUGUCAUAAAUGUUAAUGAUAUUGAAGAUGAUUGUGACGAUGAAGUUUCAAAGGAGCAUGCUGAUGAUUUAUUAGGUGUUGACGAGAUUGGCUCAAUUCCAUCGACAUUUGAUCCAAAUUUUGCUUCUAUGGACACAGAAGAACUUAAUGUGUUCAUUCAACAAAAGUGA